UUGCGCGACUGGUGCUGAUCGCAUUGGAACGAGAUGUCCUGAAGUAGAAUUAAAUUUGCAAAGAUCCAGGUAGUACUUGCUAGCAGCGGCGAGUAUCCAGUAUCAGCUUGUUUGCGUAUAUUGUGUGCACAAUGGAAAGGAGACGCAAAGCCAUUGGAGUGCUUACGGGUUUUAGAGCCUGCUGGCUCAUGGUAGUAUGUAUCUGUUUGGAGAAUCAGGGUGUGAAAGGUCAACCUCUCAUUCUCAAUGCUGCUGGUACAGGACAGUUAGCACCAUUCCGUGUGACAUUUGGUGAUGGACAACCUACAGCCGAUGUUACCAACUACCUACCUGCGUGCUGGGUGUUCUUUGGACCAGGACCAUUCAUUCGACUAGAGAAGACUGAUGGUAGUCUAGUGUUGGCUGAGACAGGUGCCUUCUCAGUAGGUAUUAUUUUUGUAGUGAACACCACAGCACAUCCUAUACUGGACACUUCAUACACUGGACUGUACCAUUGCAGAACAGUGGAUAACAACUCUACACGGACAUAUCAACUCAACAUUGUAGCUCGACAGGUUCAGUCGGGACCAUCCCCUACACCACUGACAUUGACCUACACUGGUGAUACUCACACCAUACCAUGCAUGUCAAGUGGAAACUUCCCUCUCAACGCAUCUUGGAGCUCAACAUUAUCUCCGGACUCACAGAUGAUACAGACAACUAUGCCUGCCACUAUGGUGAACUCAACGUUCAGCUUCCAACAGAACGAUUCCCAGAUUGUGUUUACGGAAAGUGAUACAUCAGGUGUUACCUUCAAUGUAACCUGUACGACAUCAUAUACUACAAACUUUGAUUGUAUUGGAGUGGAUUCAAGUCCUGCACGUCCACAAAGUGUGAUUGACAGAUGUAUGAAUGCCGCACAGCCAGUAUCUACCACUGUCUCUGUCACAAUCCAAGCACUAUGUCCAGAUCUCAAUGACAGCGGUUUCAAUUACAAACCUAUUCCCAGUUUCAGCAGACGACCGGGUACCCCAGUACCCAUCGCGUGCAGAACAGGUUUUUUGUCUAACAAUAGUAUGGAAAUAACCCAGUCUAUAUGCCAGGGCAACGGAAGGUGGCAACCAAGUCCACCAUUGUGUGAAAGCUGCUCCAUGGUUUGCAAUGAUGCCAGUGUUACCAGCUGUGCCAGGAUCAUUGUGUCUAACAUACAAGGCAUAAAUUGCCCAUGUAGCAGUACUGAUGAAAUCUGGACAAGGUCUGCUCAGGGCUGUUUGUCCACCCAUUGCGCCGCUCAAAACUUAAACUUCACUCUCAGCAAUAUUCCGAGAUUGGAAGUGAAUACGUCUGUGAUUAUAGCUUGCGCUGUUAACUACACUUCAACGGGAAAUGGGAGUAUCGUCACAUGUCUGCAAAACGGGACGCUGUCUAACCUACCAGUUUGCACAGAUCUCGCAACCAAGACGACGAAUGUGACCAGGGUCAUCCCAACAUUGUCAACUACUUCAACUAUAUCCUACACCACUACUGGCGCAGACAGUCUAUGCACACCUGGCACGGUGAUCGGCGCUGGUAUUGGCGGGAUGGUGUUUGGGAUAUUAGCAACAACGUUGGUAGCCAUGAUAAUCCAUCGGAAGAUGCAAAGCAAACCAGUGAAGACUGAAGUGCUGAGUCGGACACAAAAUGCAGCAUACGAAGACGCUGAUAUUGCUGAGAGUUCCCUCACUAAAAGUGAUGCUUACGGUGUUGUAGAAUCAGCCCCACAACCACAGUAUGAACUCGUCUGCCCGCAGUAAAAAUUCAUGAUAAAGCACAUUUUAUUCAACUCUGUAGUUUGCGCUGCUUUACCUCAAUUCACUGCUUUUAAAAAGUGAAAGCUCUCUCGGAAAACAUUCUUCCAUUUCUAACCUGGUGCAUUUUAUUCGGACAGGAAAUUUCAAAAUUAGGCCUUUUGCAUUUCCUCACACUGGCGCAUUCUGUACCAUUAAAUAUCAUCUAUCAUAUCCCCAGACGGAUUGUGUUUCUUAGGUGAGUUUUUCCGGGAAUGUGCCUUUCUUUAAGGCAAGAAAGGUUAACCUAUCUUUCUAUUUCAGCUUUUUUUUGGUGCAAUUCAAAUUCAUUCUUCAUACUAACAUUACCCUUAACGGAACCUUCAGAUCCUCCAUAGCGAGCCUCAUUGCAAUUCUGCAACUAUUUCUAAUGUUUUUCUCUCUAAAAGAUUCUCCGUUUAUCUGCAAGCACACUCCUCGCUUUGUCCUUAUCUCCUAAGUUUUCUUCCUAGAACACCUUCUUAUAUAUUCCCGCAUGAAACCGGUACAUAUUUCUAUCCAUAUUUCCGAUGUGUUUCCUCCCCCCAAGGCCAUUGAUUCGUCACGCUGCUAACACAUUAUGAUUAGAUAAAAAUAGGGCUAUGUGAGUA